AGUGCUUGCUGCUUGUAUUUUUCAGUGGGGAAAGUGUCCUGGAUUUCAAGAACAUAAUCCACCAGUCAUCUGAAACAAAAUAAUAACGACGCAAAAAUUUAAGCGAAAAUGGGAAAAGUUCAAGGUGGAAUGAAAUGUGUCAAAUAUCUUCUGUUCGUAUUCAACUUUAUAUUUUGGCUGGUGGGCUCGUUGGUGCUGGCCGUGGGGCUAUGGCUGAGGUUUGACCCCGACACUGUCUCGCUCCUAAAUGCGGAGGGCGCUCCAGACACCUUCUUCAUUGGUGUGUACAUCCUCAUCGGUGCUGGCGGGCUCAUGAUGCUCGUGGGCUUCUUCGGCUGCUGUGGUGCCGUCCGGGAAUCGCAAUGCCUUCUGGGAUCGUUUUUCGCCUGCCUCCUGGUCAUCUUCGGUGCUGAGGUUGCUGCCGGCGUGUUUGGGUUUUUGAAUAAAGAAAAGAUAAUUGAAGAGGUCCAGAGUUUCUACACCAAGUCCAUCAAUGACGACAAAUACAACACCAACAGCACGAUAUCAUUCAUCUACCAGAAAGUGCUGAACUGCUGUGGAACAGAAGAAGCCCCCUGCUCGGAUUCCCCCCCAGACACCAAGGACUGCGUCUCAGCUAUAACGGAGUUCUUCAACAGUAAGCUGUAUAUCAUCGGAUACGUGGGAAUAGGCAUCGCUGGAGUGAUGAUCAUCGGGAUGAUCUUCAGCAUGGUGCUGUGCUGCGCGAUAAGGAACAGCAGGGAGGUGAUCUAGCCUCCAAGCCCCCUGCCCCGCACCCUGACCCCCACCCGGCCCCACCCCUCCCACCCCGUCCGUCGCCGAUCUUUCCGGACUCGUGACAGAGCCUCUCCGACUGGGAUCGGUCCGGGAGAGCCGACGAAAGAUCCGGGAAGUCUCUCCGUCCAACCCCCGACCCCCCCCCUCCCCUCUUUCCCCCAAAAAAACCUUCCCAAGUCAACAGUGGACUCUGUUGGGCAGGCCGCGGUACACGCCGAUGAUGUCGUUUGCGAGCGUCGUUAGCCGCGCUCCCUUUAGCUCGGCCGCUAGUCCGACCUCCCUCUUCUUCAUUCGCUAUAAUCCAAUUAACCCGUUUUACUGCACAGUGGUUUCCACACAGAAGUUCCUUUGGGUUUUAUCACCAUUUACGCCGACUACUGUUCAGGACACACAACAUGAGAAUACAUAUUGAUGAGAACAGACCAUUCUGCCCAUCUAGAUUGUCGAUGAAUAAUGACGUUCAGAAUAAUAAUUCAGGCCUACGCAGACUUCAGUCUUGGGCCAGGUUAAUUUCAUGAUCAUGGAGAGAAGUAUAAGCAUUUGUAGUUUUCACCCAUCUUUAUACCUAGGUAGAAAAGACACAGAGGACUUCUGCUGGGGAGGGAGCAACUCGGGGGUAACUCUUCAAAACAGAAAGGGGUCCAUGAGCAAUAGAUCCAUCAUUUGCUUAACCAAGGAGAUAGGAGCCCCCCAUUUCACACCAUUUUCCAAAUUCCUCUACAUAGGUUCUCCAUGUACCUACAUCAUGGAGUGUCCAGCAUUGCAUCAGGCCUGGACUUAAACACUCUCAGAGCCUCUGCCUCUACCACAUGACCUGGCAGACUGACAGCUCUCUGUGUGAAUAACAAUAUGAUACUCAGGCAAACUUUACUUUCUGGAAAUUACCAAUGGAAAUUAUAGAGUGAUCCCUUUUAAGGGUUCAAAUCCCUAUUGACAUUCUCCUCAAAAGUGUUGAGAAAUGUGAGCUGAGUGAUUGACCAAACUUGUCAUCUCUCCUAAUGGCUUUAUUGACUGAAGUGAAUCUCUUCCUACUGUCCACUCUGUUACAACUGCAAGUAGCUUCCGUAAAGUCUUUGUAAAAGAUAUUUGCAGGCGAGGGCAUUCUGUUCUAAAAAUGUCAACAGCAGCAGCCCCCCCGGUGCCAGCAGGUAAAAAUAUUAUGUAAUAUGACACCGAGGGGUCCUUGUCAGAGGCCCCCAAAAUAUUUUUAUGUUUGUCCCCGCCCCCAACCGCACACACACACACACACACACACUCAGAGCCUCGCCCUCAACCAGCCUAGUCGCUCUGCUAAUAUGCAACAUUCCGAUAGCUCGAUGACCAAACCGUACACUUUGAGUGCUUUACUGUGUGGAAACCGUGUGCUUGUGGAAGUUAGGGAGAGGUUUGCGGCGGCCUUCCCCCAGACAGAGCCACAGCUCCACGGUUAAGCAGCCAGAAACCCUCUGCUCAACGUGGGCCAGCGGUAGCGGCCAAUCGGUUUUGGGUCACUCACAAGAAACGUGCAGGGUUUUUGUUUUUUUUUCUAUGAAUUUUGCUCCAAACAUGGAUUUCCGCAAUAGUCUCCCUCUCUAGGGGUUAUUCGGUGGUGCAGUUGUGUCAUUAGAGCAAUGCCACGGUAACUAACUGCUGGAUAUUUGGAUGGUAAAGCCCAAUACAGCUAUAUAAUGGAGACUGAUAGGAGUUAUUUCCUCCUGAGGGUCAUAAAAGCAUACGUCAGUCUCUCAUGUAGCUGUAUUAGACUUUACCACUCAAAUAUAUAGUUGUAAUGUUGGUUACCAUGGAAUUACCCAUUACAGUAUAUUUUUGUGCGCUAGCUUGACAGCUAGAGAGCAAGCUGACAUAGCAAGCUAGCUGUUCCAAUUAUUAUACUUUUUUAGGAUCACAGAUAUUAGACUUUUCUGUCUCGCUCCUUUUAGUUAGAGGGCAUCAGUUACCUGUCAACACGCGAUUUGCCAAAAUGCUACUAUUAAACACUCACCAGACGUGGUCAUGGUCUUUUAAUAGGGUUCAGAAGUAGCUUAGUGCAAGUAGCCUGUUGCCAAGGGUUAUCUAGCUGAGUGACACCUCGCUGGGCCUUCCCAGUGAUACGCAAAAUAAGCCCCACCCCCUGUAGCCUCCAUCUUGUGUGUGUCCUAAUACCGAACCGCAGCUGUGCCCGAGCUUUGAAGACGAUUUGUACAUUUUGUGUGAAUUUGUAAUUUGUCUCUUAAUUUUUUUUAUUGGUUUUUAGUCUGUGUCUGUUUGGUAGCUCAUGAAAUAGCUGAUUUGGGAUGUACUGUCAAGAUGUGUAUACUAUAGAGGCAGCUUGUGUAGACUCGUGUUUGAUAAUAAUGUAAAAGAAGAAAACCAUUGCUUUUCACAGCAUGUCCAUACUUAACGUGCCUUUGGUGUUUUUUUAAACAUACACAAGAAAACAAAUCGACAACCUUAACGUUGCAUAUGAAAGUUUUUAACUGUGUUGAUGUGUAGAGUCAAUCAGGUUAGUGGCUUCCAGUGCAAGUCUAAGCAGCAGUAAAAUUCCAAAAUCAAGGGAGCAUUUACAACAAAAAUAAGUCCUCUUACAAAUAAUGAAUUUUACUUGUGAUUUGGCUUUAAUAUUUUAAGUGCAAAACUCCAUGAUAAUAUUCGGCCUUGCAGCAGCUAUCUGUAAGGAAACACUUGUACCAAUUGAUGGCAGCCAAUUCUUCUUAAACGCAUGUUCUCCUCUGAUGGAUUUUGAACAGGAGUAACUUUCUCUGUGUUUCUGUAAGGAGAGGUUGAGAGAGAGAUAUCUCUGCACCUUCCUAGAAACCCAUGAAAAAUCAUGUGAGAAAGAUCCACAGUAACCCAGCUCAGUUUAUUUAGGAUAGUGCGUUAUCCAUGAGGCAUGAGGAGGAGAACUUGAGAUGUGUGCUGUCUAACCAGUUCUCCGAGCGCACAUAAGUGUUCCAGUGGUCUAUUUGACAGGUAAAUACGCCAGUUUUCCAGUUCACCAGUAGUUCAUAAUAAACUGGGAUAUCAGUAGCAACUGGGCUCUCAACUUUAAGCAGUAUAAUGACUGAAUUGCAAAAGACCAAUGGACAAAUUAACCAAAAGGCCAACGCACACACAAAAUGUUCACAGGAACUGAAUAUGCUCACAAAAGACAUUUGGAUACACAUGUAUUGGAGAAAGUAAUUUGCAGAUUGAACAUUGAAAGAAAAAAGAAGAAAAAAAGUGACUGUUGUUUAGACCUCAGUACAUACUUCUGCUAGGGGAUUAUAACACCUUUUAGCAUUAUAUCUGUCUAUGUAGGUUUUUCAGGUGUGAGUUGUACAGGCAAAAUGCAACGUUAUGGAACUUUUUAAUGUGCCAAUGGAAGGUGAGAUCCAGCGAUAGUUUUGAAGAACACUACAAACUAUAGAUUCCACCUCCCAUAUGCACUUUUGCAAGGCAUUUCUGAAAAGGUUCUCAUUUGGCCAUGAUUAUCGAUAUACACUUUGGUGAAACAGAAUGAAGACUUGAAGUACUGUACGCAUGAAAAAAAAGCAUUACAAUUGAACUGUUGAUUGAUCUCUUGUUAAUUUAUUUAAUGGCUGAUAUAAUUUGAGUUAAAGUGGCAUUCAGGCUUCUCAGGAAGAUAGUUGUGCAAGAACUAAUAAACUUUUCUAAAGUUCA